AAUUACAUGUGGGUCAGUCGCUAAGAUACGACGUUAAGUGAAACGUCAUCAACGUCAGACACACUACCACAAGAAACCAGCAGCAAUAAUGCUUUUCUACUCGUUUUUCAAGUCCCUGGUGGGGAAGGAUGUAGUGGUGGAGCUCAAAAACGACCUGAGCAUCUGUGGAACUCUUCAUUCUGUUGACCAGUACCUGAACAUCAAACUCACAGACAUCAGCGUCACAGAUCCUGAGAAGUAUCCACACAUGCUGUCGGUGAAGAACUGUUUCAUCCGUGGCUCCGUGGUCCGGUACGUUCAGCUGCCUGCAGAUGAAGUGGACACACAGCUCCUGCAGGACGCCGCACGAAAAGAAGCCAUGCAGCAGAAGCAGUGAUUGACCUGCAGGGUGGGCUUUAUUUCAUGGGGUGGGCAGGGUGGGGAAACUUUUUUUUGUUGUUCUUGGAUAUUUGGUAAUGUUAGUUUUGACUUCAGAUCAUUUAAAGAUGAUGAUACAGUUUGAGACGUAUUGAUCAUUUUCCUCUCAUUGGAGAGAGAAUUUAGUUUCAUUCCUGACUCUUUUUUUUUUUUAAUCAAUAAUUUCACACACCAAAAAAAUCAUCAUUGGAAUUGAUCUUUGCCCCACAGGCUUUGUAGGCAGCUUCAUUUGAUACUGUCUUUUGUUUUAUUUUAUCUUAAAGGAAUAGAUCUAAGCACCAUUUAGAGCCCAGUUGUGGUAAAAAAUCUCUUUAUCUGUUUCUGUUUCAAAAACACUGUUCAUUCACCUCAAAAAUAAUGACUUGGUUUUUUUUUAUGUCACUUUGAAAUAAAACAAUAUUUUAUUUAUAUUUGAA